GGAUGCCACUCCCACUCACCCCUGGCCAAUGGGGGAGGGGGGCUUGAAGAUUAGGAAAUAUCCCAACCCACUGAGACGCUCCUACACAGCUCCAGCCUGAGGGGCUCACUCAACCCACCCUCCCUCUUAAACUAACUUGCACUCGGCAACUUCCACUAAUCUGCAGGUGCUUCUCCAGGGCACAAAAUGCUGCCUAUCUUGCUGGCAGUGUGCAUGGGAGCCCUGACUCUGCUCCUGUUUGUGGUGUGGCGAGUUCGUACCGAUGGCACGUGGGCACUGUGGUGGCAUGAUAAUUAUCUGGAGAGACUGCGUGACUUCACGAGUGGUAAAAGCCGUCCCAUGCGGAUCCUGCAGUACGUACAGAACACAGCCGUGCAGGGUGAUGCCAACAGUGUCAUAAGUGCCGUGGAUUCCUACUGUGCCAAUGUAGAGUGGGCAAUGAAUGUGGGAGACAAGAAAGGUGAGAUUCUGGACGCAGUGGUGCUGGAUGUUCGCCCUCGCUGGGUGCUGGAACUGGGCACAUACUGUGGUUAUUCCACCAUGAGGAUUGCCCGACUUCUGCCCCCAGGGGCACGGCUUAUCACGCUGGAGAUGAACCAUCACUAUGCGCAGGUGGCUAAACAAAUUCUUGGCCAUGCUGGACUCGAUAGUCAGCUGAGCCCUAGCCCUCCCUCUGUCCCUCACUCUAGCACUCAGGGGGAGCAGCCAGUAGGGGGCGCCACUCACUCAUCCCAUAGCCGGUGGUGCUUGCAGGAAGCUCUGAUUUACACCACCCUGCACUGUCUGCAACUGCCCCUGCAGCUCUUCUCUCGCACCUCCCAAAACCCCCUGGCCACCUCUGCACCCAAAUCUCAGGAAGAGACAGCUGAGAGGCAGACGACAAUGCGGAACAGCACCUGUAAGGUUGAUCUGCUGGUUGGUGCCAGUUCUGCUCUCAUUCCUCAGCUGAAGAAGAAGUUUGACAUGGACAAGUUUGACUUGGUCUUUAUAGAUCACUGGAAGACCAGCUACCUGCCCGACACCAAACUACUUGAGGAAUGUGACUUGCUGGCUUCUGGCACUGUUCUUCUGGCAGAUAAUGUUACCUGCCCAGGAGCCCCCGAAUACCUACACUACGUGAGAAACAGCCCCCGAUAUAAAAGCCUCUAUUUCCCAUCCCAGCUGGAGUAUUUGCGGGUGGAGGAUGGCAUGGAGAAGUCUGUCUUCCUUGGGUGAUGAAUGGAUGGCAUGACUGUGCCAAAACUCUGCCGAUCUCCUGCUGUGCAAUGUGUAAUCUCCUUAGCUAAUCAGGUAGGGGGCACCAGACCGUAUACGUUCUCUAUUACACAGGGUCACAUGAUGUACUGGAAGAAAUCCCAUGUGGGUGAUAGUUUCCCCUGCUACACCUGCUCAGAAACUGAUUCUGUGAUAACCCCGUACUUGCUGCAGGUCUCUGUAUUGGGCAGCUGGUCGGCAGGGUCAGUUAAAGGGACUUGCCCCAUCAUUUCCCCAAUGUUCUGAAUCACAUGAGCCCCCAGCUCCUCCCUUUACACCCUAAUAAUCACUGUAGGCACCAGCAUGUCCCCUCUGGAACAUACACAGUCCUUCAGUUUAGUUCCAUUAUCCAUAGGGAGUCAAGUGGAGGGCAUGCCAGUAUUUUGCAAUCCUUGUGAUGCCCAUUAUUUCAAGCACAAUGUGCCCUGGCAUGGUUGCACCAUAACACUGGCAAAAACCUGUUUUCUAAUAAAAUUCUUCAUUCUCUCA